AUGGGUUUACCACCAGACGUCACUACUGAGGAGUGUAUUUUUUCCAUGCAAACGUACAUUAUAGUGACGAUCUCGUGUCAUCAAGUCUGCUUCAUCGGAUCGGAGUACAACCCACAUUCUGGUAUGCCACCCCGUUGGUUCUUACCGUACGAAGAUCCGUGCGAAUGCACUGCUAUACGCCUCGGCGGAAUGCGCAUCACUGCUUCGUCAUACCGCCAGGGGGCGCCCCACUACCUGAACGAGCUUUUCAUGAGCGAGGAUUCCGACGAAAUUCAAGCUUACUUCGACUGUCAGCCUGCAGAGAAUAAUCCAGCGGAGUGUUCAAGCCCGCAACCCCUUGGUAUGGAGGACGGGACAAUCCACGAUGAUCGCAUCACGGCGUCCACUGAUUACGACAUUUACCCUGCGAGUGAGGCACGCCUAAACAAUAACAACGGAUGGAUGGCCUAUAGUUUCAAUAACUGUAUUCAAUUUUCAAAUCCAUUCCACAACCGGAUUUGCGGAGUAUUGUUAUUUCAUUGUUCCUCAUCCUCUCUUCCCUCUGUGUACAGGUACGAUGCCAAUCCCUGGAUCGAGGUGGACCUCGUUCAGCCUACAGUGGUGAGCGGGGUCAUCACACAAGGCCACUACUUUAGAUAUGUGAAGAAGUACAAGGUGGCGUACAAGAAGCAGCCCUCAUCUGACUAUGAACACAUAACAGAUGGAAACGGAAAUAUCAAGGUGUUCAUCGGUAACACUGAUGUCAACACUCCAGUCACUAACCUGUUUGCUGAGAGUGUGGUCGCCACGGUAGUCCGCAUUGAGUCUGUUGAACAGCAUAAGAAUGCUGCUCUGCGAUUGGAGCUGGUUGAAUGUCGCCAUGAUUAA